CGAAUAGUCUUUGCUGUUACAAGAAAUCCGCCAGAAGUCAAUCGUACGCCUGGCUUUACGGUCGCGUCUCCAUGUCGAGGUAACAUUAAGUAAUUAUUUGAAAUACGUACAUAAUUAACCCAUUGUUCGAGAGCAGGUGUGUAUCGAGCAACCUAGAAAAGGAGGCAAGUGCAGGUCGUGCAAGGUGCAAGCCGUGCAACUCGUGCAAGUGACGUUUGCAUUCACGCGAACGUCGCGUAUAUAUACACCGAGGAGCAUCGCGGAGGUAGAAAUUUCAGCGGGGUGAUCGCGCCGACGAGGAAGUAAUGAAACAACUCCCGGAGGAGGACAAGAGCAGUCCGCUCACUAAUGAGGACAACCCCAUAGUUUUUCUGGACGUCGCGAUCGGCCCGGAAAAAGUGGGAAGAGUCGUCGUAGAAUUGUUUAAGAAUGUCGUGCCGCGGACCGCGGAGAAUUUCCGCGUGCUGUGCACCGGCGAGAGGGGCGCCGGCUUGAAAGCCGCGAGGUUACACUACAAAGGAACCGUCUUCCACAAAGUCAUUUCACAGUUCAUGAUCCAGAGUGGCGACAUUGUCAAUUUCGAUGGCACCAGCGGGGAGAGUAUUUACGGGCCCUACUUCGACGACGAGAACUUCACAUUGAAACACAAUUCCCUUGGGCUGCUUAGCAUGGUGAACGAAGGCAAGCCGAACACCAAUAGCUCCCAAUUUAUCAUCACCGUUCAACCGUCCACGCAUCUGGACAACACCAAUGUAGUAUUUGGAAAGGUUGUAAAAGGCAUGAAUGCAGUGAUCGAGCUCAGCAAAGUGUCGACUGAAAACGAUAUUCCAGUUGAGAAAAUAAGUAUAACCAAUUGCGGAGAGUUGAAGAAAGGUGAGGACUGGGGAUUGGAGGAGAAUGACGGAACUGAGGACGUUUUUCCGCCGUGGCCGGAAGAUUGGAAUUAUUCUAAGCUUGUCAGCAAGCUCACCCACCUAUUUAUGGAGGAUACAAUAAGGAAAAUAAAAAAAUCUGGAAACGAGUAUUUCGCAAAGGAGAACUACGUGGAUGCUAGUAGGAAAUAUAAGAAAGCGUUACGAUAUCACGACUGGAUGAAACAGCACCAUGAAGACAUGGUGGACACGUUUUAUGGCUCACUGACGGACCUUAGAUUAACUUUGUUACUUAAUUUAGCCGCUGUACGAUUAAAGCAGAAAGAGUAUCGUAAAACCGUAGACCUCUGUAAUGAGGUUCUGGAAAUAGAUGACACAAAUGAGAAAGCGUUGUUUCGAAGAGGACAAGCUUACACUUCCAUGAACGAAUAUAAAUUAGGAUUAAAAGAUUUCUUUCAGGUGUUCGAACUGUGUCCUGACAAGGCUAUUUUACAGGAAAUAAAAAAAGUAAAAAAGCUGGAAAACUUUUAUUUGGAAUUAGAAAAAACAACGUAUCAGAAGAUGUUUCAUUGAAUAUGCUGUACAUUUAUCAUUUUAAUGAUAAAAAAUUUUAUAUUUUUUUAUUUUUUAGAUGAUAACUGACAUCAAAAUAAUUGACGAUUGAAUUAAUUUACCAUUUCUUGAAAAUCUGAUAAGAGUUAAUACAAAAUCAGAAAAUAUGUUCUUACUAAUGCAGAAGCCAUGUGCAAAAGAAACUAAUUUUUUCACUUUUAAAUAAAUCAAUGUGUCAAUUUUGAAAUCAAUUGAAAUAUUCCAAUCAAUGUUGAAAUCAAUAAUCAAUGUGUCAUAUAACGGUGUACAAUGUGUCAUAGUACUUACUCUUAACGACGAAAUAUACGAAGAUAACACUUAUCUGUAUUUAUAUAUUAUAUAUCUUUUUAAAUAUAUUUUUAUCAAAAGCGCAAUAAAAAGGAGAAAAAAAUAUACCUCAUGACUGUUUAAUAUUCAGGCAAUAAUAUGUUUAACUCUGGCUGUGUAUAUAUUUUUUUAAAGCAAUUAGAUAUAAAUUUAAAAUGUAAAUAGUGCAUAAUCAUAAGACAUUAUACUAUUUUGUGUAUAAUUUAUAAAUUAGGGAAUUUGAAAUAAAUACAAUAUUGUAAUUAUA